AUGCAGGACAGGUCGCACACUGUGUACAGGCUUAGCUGUACACCUGCCCGGAUUUCAAACAAAAGCGGCCUGCUCCUGAUUUCACGUUCGACGCUCGACGUGGAUGGAUGCCGAGGAGGCGUGGAGGAAAACAAAUCGAGACAGAGCGAUAUUGCCUGCGAAUACUCCUGCUCAACUCUGAAAAGAAAACGCCCCCCUAGACGUGCGAACAGUCUGGCGGAACCUACGAGUCUUUCGCUGAUGCAGCGAAAGCUGCUGGGUUCUUGGACGAUGAUAGGUACUUCCGGCAGAGUUUGCAAGGAAGCAGCUCAUUACCAGUCUGCAGCAACGAUGAGGAGUUUUUUUGCCUGUCUCAUGUGCUUUUGUGAGGUACUACAUGCUCAAGAUUUGUGGGAUGAGUUUGCUGAUAUGAUAAGGGAUGAUUAG